AUCCUUAGUAGCACUCCGAAGGAUCCUGCGAGUGGUAUAGCCUUCGACUGGUCGUUCGAGAGAAGCCCCUCGUGUCUGCUCUGCACAAACGACCACGCGAUCAGAAGCAGUCUUGAGGUCCACUGAUCCCCUCCUGGACUGAGUUGAGUUGCGACCUCAGCAAUUCUGCUCGCCACGCAGCCCUACCAACGACAGUCUCGCGGCAUAGCGCUCUCUGCUGCUGCUGUUGCUGCUAGAGAGAGAGAGAUCCGCUUCGUCCUUUUCCGCAUCCUCAUCGCUGAUCAUUACCGCAUGUUCCGGGUCGUCACUGGCCAAGACCCACGUAGCUCAAUUCGCCGCACAGCCAGACCCACGUAGCUCAAUUGACCGUCCUGUAGUCGGAUUGAGCGUGCUCUAGUAGCCGAAUCUAGAGGAAUCGUAUUACAUCCUUGGAACAAGAAGAGCACGGACCCCCACCCGCGCUCAGGCCACUGGCACCUCCUCCGUGUCUUCUCGCGUCCGUGCCCUCUCACACGCACCCGCAUCCUGCCGACGCUUUGGGGGAAGUCUAUUUUUGAGCCGCCUCAAUAAUAGACUCCUGUAGAGGGAAGUUGCAAUAACGUUCCCCACCGUCGCCGCUCACGCGCCCACCUGGCUGGGCAAGGCUCUGGAUUCUCGUUGCCGCCGGUCGUCACGUGCAUCGUCACGUGCAUCAUCACGUGCAUCGUCACGUGCAUCGUCACGUGCAUCAUCACUUGCAUCAUCACGUGCAUCACGGCCAUCAUGAAUCUAGCAGCUGAACUCUAGCGACGGGAAUCAUCGGCACGGAGUCGGGCUUCCGGAAACAGCCCAGCCUGAAACGCGUCAGCUCUCACCUCUCCCCAUCAUCUCAGGAGGACCCAUACAGGCCAAUUACCCCGUGUCGGUCGGCCACCCGAGACCGAUGAGCCCACCUGCGUCAGUUAGACCCGGAUCGGAGGAGCCACUAGUGGCGGGUCAGUUGACCCAGUUUCUCCUGUUCUCGUCCGGUUGGUGUACGGAUACCGUGAGCUGACAGGCUCAGUCAGGUCAGAAGGCGGUGGGCAGCGGUGCAGUGCGGUGGAGUUGAUGAACCAGUGGCAAGAUGGCGGUCAGAUGGGGUCUGCAGGGGAAGGAUGGGCAGGCAGGGGAGGGGGAGGGGGAGCAGGAGGGUUGGGGGGAGGAGGGGGAGUGGGAGGCGGAAGUGUGCCUGCAGGGCAAGUGCGCGUGAUGGUGGUAGGAGACUCAGGCGUGGGGAAGACCUCUCUGGUGCAUCUCAUUCUCAACGGCGAGCCAACAGCUCAGCCACCACGCACAGUCGGCUGCACUGUGGGCGUGAAGUACAUGGAGUAUAACUCCCAGGCACAGCCAGUGGCAUUGGGCUCCGCAUCCGACCUGCGGAUAGAGAUGGGCGGUGGCAACAGCAGCAGCAGCACAGGGGCGGCGCUGGGCAGUGGAGGGGGGGAGCAGGGCCGGCGGGGGUUCUUCGUGGAGGUGUGGGACGUGUCGGGCAGCGAGCAGUACAAGUCGUCACGCUCGCUGUUCUACGACCAGAUCAAUGGCGUCAUCUUUGUUCACGACCUCUCGCGCAAGAAGUCCCGCGUGGCGGCGCUUCAAUGGAUCGACGAGCUCAUCCGCUGCGGCACCUUCUCCGCGCCGUCCCACGGCAACCGCGAGGGGCAGCUACCCGUGCCGUUGCUCGUGAUCGGCAACAAGGAGGACAUCCGCGAGAAGGACCCGGUGCUCAAGGGGCGCGUGAAGCUGAUGAGAGCUGCUAGGAGCAGCCGCACGCUGGAGUAUGCACGGAGCGUGGUGGAGCGCUAUGGGCUGCAGUCGUUCGGGAGGAGGAAGAGGCUGGAGCUGCCCGAGUAUAUUCGCAACCCCAGGGGCGCUGGGCUCAUUGCAUGCGCAAAGCUAGGCCGCUUAGACCUUGCAGCAGUGGACGCUUUCUUCCAGCAGCUGAUCAAGCGGCGCUACUUCACAGAGCAGCUGACCGCCCUGCCGUCCCCCUCGCGCUCCUGGAGCCAGCCAUUCCUGUGUGCGGACCUGGAGGGCGACCUCAGUGGGGACGUGCUGCUGCUGCCCACCUCAUCCGACCGCGGGGGCGUGGGGGAAGGGCCGGGGGGGGGAAGCGCAGUGGCGGGGCUGUAUCGGUUUAAUAGCCUCAGAGGCUCUGAUACCAGCAUCGACAUCGAAUCAUUCGGGUCUCCUGACUACAGGAGCAACCACCAUUCCCAGCAGCAGCACAGAUACGGCACAAAAGAUGAUGAGGAAGAUGAGGAGGAGGACGACGAGGGGGAGGAGGAGGAGGAAGGGAAGGAGGAGCAUGCCCAUGUUUGGCGGCAGCAGUGGCAGCAGCAGUGGCAGCAGUGGCAGCAGGAGUGGGUGCAUCAGAGUUCCUCCUCCCCUUCCUCUCCUUCAGCCCCUUCCUUGGCCUCUGCUGAUCCUGCUUCUCACCUCUCAUCUACUCUGUCGGCGUAUCCAAGCACCGCCUCUUCUAGCCUCGCCUUCCCAGUUGAACCAGCGCUAAGCAAUCAUGGUUUCUACUACGGCCAGCAGCAGCAGCAGCAGCAGCAGCAGCAGCAGCAGCAUCACCACCAGCAGGCUUCUUAUGGCGACCAUCUCUUCGCGUCUCUCUCGUCCUCUGCAGUAGCAGCAGCUAGCAGUGGUGGCAACAUCAACGGCAAUGGCAACGGCAAUGGCAUUGGCAGUGGCAGUGGCAGUGGCAGUGACCGGGAGGAUUGGUCUGUCUUGUUGCAGACAGCAGCAGCUGAUGCGGCAGCAGCAGCAGCAGUGCCAACAGGGGCAAGGCUGCAGGGUGGAGCAUCCUCUGGUGUGCCUCCUUUGUCUGCUGCGAGCUCAGGGUCAACAUUAGGGACAGCAUCAGCAUCAUUGGGUACAGCGGUAGCGGUGCCAUCUUUAGCACAACCAGUGGUAGUUGCUCCAUCGUCAUUACCACCAUCAGUGGCACCAGCAUCAGCAAAAGAACAAAGAUCUCUGGAGCCAUCUUUUGCCCAACCAGUGGCAGCACAACCGCCAUCACCUGCUGGCCCUAGCUCAGCGUUGUCAGUGACAGCAGCAACAGUGGAAGCACCACCAGUCGCAGCAUCAUCAGCAGGAGAAGCAAGAAACCAUUCAGCCUGUGUACUACUCCCCGUGGCCUCGUCAGCGUCAGCAGCAGUACCAGUACCACCCGUCAUUGAGGUAUCCACAUCAUCAGCAGUAUCAACCACGUCAGCAGCUUCAGCAGCAGAGCCUGGUAGAGCAGCAGCAUCCGCACCAGCAGCAGCGCAAGAAACGGCAAAGACUGCACCAGUGGCAGCACGAGCAGCGCAUAUUCCUAGUGCACGAGAAACAACGCCAGGUGAGGGCGUGUGCGGCACACAUGCAUCAAGCGGCGCAGCGCAGUGGCACUCAGGGCAAUUCAGCCUGCCGUCGGCACCAACACCACCUCCGGUGCUGUCUGCUCUUGAGGUUUCUCGCCAACGCACUUCCAUGCCUGCACCUGUUUGUGCUGCAGCCACGUCGGAUGCUGCGAGUAUGGGACUGGCGGAGAAGGCAAUUGGCACCGCAUCUGCAACAAGCGGAGUGGAGAAGUCGGCAGGUGCUGCUGCUGCUGCUGCACCUGCUCCUGCUGCUGCUGCUCCUGCUGCUGCUGCUGAUUCAGCACAACAAUCACACCAUGGGUACAGUCUUUCACAGCGUCAGUCGCAUGAACCCACUGAUACCACUGAACCCAUUGCGCCCACUGAUGCCACGGAUACCACACAGGUCUCUGAGUCCUCUGGGACAGGUGGUUCAUUGGAGAGAGAGGGACGCACUGCGCCGUCUGUGUCGGCUCCUGCAGAACCAACUUGCAGAUCUAUUGAGAGUGGCGCUAAACCUCUUCCCAAGACUAGUAGAGCUUCCGACACCAUUGAGAGCAGUAGAUCAGUGGAAGUGCCUGCACUAGAACCAGCCGCUCCAGUAGAACCCUCUCGCAGACCGAAUGACACCUGUGCGGCGGCGACUGAAGCACAUGCAUCAGUCCAGCGACCGUCACUCGGUGUGCAGCCUCCUCCUCUCGAUGGAGCUGCCUCCCCAGUGACCGUUGGAGUUACUGAACUGCUCUGUGGCCUCCCACCGGCAGCUUUUGGCUCCCAGGGUUCGGCAGUCCCGGAUUUGUGUACGGUAGAAGCAGAAGAAGUACGGGAAGGAAGCUCACUGGAGAGAUCAGCAGCAGCAGGAGUAACGCCAGCGCCAGCAGCAGCAGCAGCAGCAAUAACACCAGCAGCACCAGCAGCAGCAGGAGGAGGAGAAAGGGAAGGGCGGUCGGCAGUAUGUAAUGCUAAGUCCCGCAGCGUGUAUGCCACUACUCCGGGUGAUAAUCUGCUGCUGCAGACAGAACAACAACUAGCACAGCAGCAGCGGGCACAGCAGCAGCACGCACAGCAGCAGCAGGCACAGCAGCAGCACGCAGAGCAGCAGCAGGCACAGCAACAGCACGCACAGCAGCAGCAGGCACAGCAGCAGCACGCACAGCAGCAACAGGCACAGCAGCAGCACGCACAGCAGCAGCAGGCACAGCAGUGGCAUACACAGCAGCAGCAGCCCCAGCAACGGCACGCUCUGGAGUUGCAGAAUCGUGGAGAUGAUGGAGGUGCGGGAGAGAGUGCAGCACCCGCAGCAGCAGGAGCAGCAGCAGCAGCAGCAGCAGCAGCAGCGGUGCAGUCAGGAGCAGCAGGAGAAGCAUGGGCAUGGUUUGCAGGGAGAAGAGAACGGCCUGCUGUGGGCUCCGCAGUCAGAGAAGAGGCACAGCAUCCAGCUCACGGCAGACAAGGCGCAGAAGAAGCAGAAGGAGCAGAAGGAGCAGGAGGAGCAGCAGGUGGAGGAGGAGCAGCAGGAGCAGCAGCAGGAAGUGUCACAGUUUCAAUGUCCACAGCAUCAUUAACUGCAGCAGGCCGUUACUCACCAGCAGCUGUGCCAGGAGCAGCAACAGGAGCAGCACCAGCAAUAGCACCAGCAUCACAAGCAGCAGCAGCAGCAGCAUCACCAGUGGCUGCACCAGCGGCAGCAGCAACAGAAGCAGCAGCAGGUUAUUUGCCAGGAUUCUUCGGAGCAGUCAACCCCAUGGCGGCUGCAGCAGCUGCAGUUGAUGCGGCCCUGGCAGCAGCAGCACGCAGAGCAGGAGUCCGGGUUGCUGUUACCAGGUCACGCAGUAGAGAGGAUGAAUCAGGUUCUGGAUAGGUGAACAUCAGACCGAGGAUUCUGGGCUGGGGUGUGUACAGAUUCUUUUCCUUCAGUACGGUACAAAUUGAUUCCGAUAGAUUUCCUCCCUGUUGCUGGCGAGUAUAGUGGAUGCAGUACAAGCAGGGCCUCAGAUUCUCAGAGUAACGAAUUGAGGUAGAAUGAGGGAUACAGGGUGGUUUUAUGCUGAGGGGUUGUACUUUCUAAAAGUACGCACCUAUAUAGCCUAUAUUAACGUAUAC